UUAGAAAAGAGGGCUGAGGGGAGGAAGUAAGGGUUAGGAGGGGGCAACCCCGUAUCUCCCAGACCAAAGCUGCUGCAAAAUAAAACUCUGGUUUCCCUGGUAGUGCCAAAUGCAUCCUGAAAAGUGACAGCAGGAACCUGGCCCAGUGAGUUUCGGUGUCCAUGGCAAAAAGCCGGACGUCAUAUUCAGUGGCCAUCUGUUUCCUCCAGUUCCGAAUGCCGCAGGAUACCUCCCAGACUCAAACUAAUACCACAGACAACUCGGGCUGCCAUGACGGUCCCAAGCGCCUCCUGCAAACUGACAUCACGAACCUGGGCUGGGAUUGGCAAGAUGAAAUUGAAAAGGGAAAGGAGAAAAGUCCCCGCUACAAAUCCACACGAGCUCACCUGUUCAGCUGCUGCUUCCCGGCACGAAGCUUUGUCCCUCGGCAUCUCCUUUGAGCAAUGCUCACCGUAUCCAAGCGCGUAUCCAGGUGUUCCCGCAGACCCCCUGAGAAGCUCUCACCGUCCUUCCACGGUGGAAGCCCCGAGAGCCCCCCAUAAACCCCUCUACUCAGCAACUCCAUGCAAAACGGAGCAGAGGCGCCCAGCACGACCCCCCUCAUUCCCCACCCACCUGCUCCUCCACCGCCGUGUGGCUCCCUCUCCUCGGGACCUUGGGGUGCCCCAAAUGACAUCAGAGCCCCGAGUCUUCACCCCCUUUUCCUCACCCCCAAAGAAGGCACAGAACGAGUCUAACUGCCCUGGACAGCAGCGCAGCGCUUCCUUCAAGCCCUUUCCACGCGUACAUCCCCCCAGAAAGGGACUCCGCCGCAACAAGAAAGGGGAGGCAGCCCCCAGAAGGGCUCAAGCUCCUCCCCAGCCUCGCUGUCACCGGGAGAGGGAGCGGCAGGGACGGCAGGCACGGAGCGGGGGCCGCUCUCAGCGGGAUGUCGGGAAAGCCGCAGGUCCGGCAGUGCCGGGCGGUGUGUCUGACCGGCAUGGGGGAUCCGCCGAGACCCCCCGGCCCCGUGCAGGGGCCGAGGGGCGCCGGGCUCCGGCCCUCUGGGCUUUAUUCUCCGGCGCCCCGCGGCUGCGGGCAAAGAAGGAAAGGGAGGACGGGAACAGAGAAGGGAAAGCAGGGGAUGAGAAACGGUAG